AUGAAUAGAUCACAAGUGAUAACGCUACUAAGAGACCAACAUGAAUCAAUAAUACAUAAGAGAAUGAUAAAAUUGACUUCUUUGUCGAUCAAACCAUACGAUUUAAUUGAAUAUAUAUUUGAAUAUUUACAAUCAUUUGACAACCAACCAAUAAUAGAAAAGUUAUCAUUGCCAUCAAAUAAUCUAUAUGAAAUACCGUCUAACUUUGGUAGUAUACUGAAAAACUUAAAGUAUCUAGAUUUGCAUCAAAACCAGUUAACUUUUUUAAGUAAUAAUUUUAUAGACGAUUUACCAUUAUUAGAAAUAUUAGACUUAUCUUCAAAUAAGUUAUCUCACCUACCAAACUCCAUUUCUUCACUACAUUACUUAAAAGUGUUAUCAAUCAAGGACAAUGACUUCAAAUAUAUCGCUCCAGAAUUGGGAGAAUUAAGAAAUUUAGACCUUAUAGAGUUGUCGAAUAAUCCAUUAAUCAUGCCUUCAACUGAACUAAUUUCAAAUUUACAAUCUCAAGGAUCAGACUUGGAAUGGGUGAGUGAGCUCAAAAACUAUUUACUAAUAAAUAGUUCAAUAUUGUAUCAGAAAUUGGAGGAGUCUAAAGACGAUCAAUUUCAAACUAUGGAUCAUUUUCAUAGCUCUAAUAAUUCCUUACAUAUCACUCCACCAAGUAUGCAGAGAUCACAAAGUAUUAGUGAGUCAACCAAAAUUAAAACAUCAACAAAAGCUUCUAAAAGAAUGGGUUUAAUAAUAAAAAAGACAGAUGAAGAUGGAAAUAUCACAGAAGAUAUAAGUAAUUCAUCCAUGCAUUCAAUUCCAAGGCAUUUAACUCAAGAUGAUCCACCUCAUUCUGCAUCAGCUGUUGAAACUAGCUUCCAAAUUUCCAGUCCACCACCACAACCUAUGCAAACAAAUUUAACAGCCCCCAAUUCAACAUCAACCUCACCAUUAACAACACUUGUCAAACCAACAAUAAGAUCAAGAUCAAAUACAAUGAAAGAAAUUGAUAAAAUAUUAGAAAAAAAUGAAAGUGUUGAUACUGAACAUAAAUCAAGUGCUUAUUUUAGAAGACUAUCUACUUUACAAGAACAACCUUCAGAUGAAAGUGAGGGUAAUAUCUCAACUAUAAAGCAUAUGCCAAGACAAACAUUGGAUCCUAACUUCAGACAACCACAGCCACAAUCACAAUCACAACCAACACCUUCAUCGUCAUUACCUCAAACUACAACAACGUCAUCCCAUAUACCUAUAUCAUCAGAUGGAUCACCCAAUAGAGUAAUACAACCUCCAAAGAAGCACACGAAUCCUGUUAUAAUCAAAGUAUCAAGAAAAGUGCUAUUUUCAUUCAGUGAACUACACUCAUCGAUUAGAAGAUUUACUGCAUUUUGUACUGAUAAAAAGGUAACAAUGAAGAUGGUCUCAUACCUAUAUGGUACAAAAUCAAAUAUUGAUGCAUUAGUCGAAAAUUUAGAAAUCGUUGAAGAAAAUGGUGGUAAUUCUGAACAAAUAGCACAAUCAUUACAAACUUGUAUAGUUUCAUUCAAGUCAAUUAUGAAUUUGCUACAUGAGAAUAUUACUAAAUUCGUUAGUAAAAUUGAUGUUUGCUUCAUAAGGAUGUUGUACUUAUCAAUAUUUGGGUCAAUUAGUGAAUUGCAAAAUGCUUAUAAUUUACUCACAAUUAAGUCAUCCCCAGUAAAAGCAUUGCCUACUGACUUGAAACAAAAAUUAACUAUCAAUACUAACGUCGGAUCAUCGUUCAAUGAAGUUGAUGAAAAAUUAUAUGCUACAAUUGAAACUGCAAUUUCAAAUGCACAAUCCAUUUUUACUGAUCUAAAUAAGGAUGUUAAUAGAGGUGCAACUGCACAUUCUGCUUCAGUACUGCCAAACGUUGCUUCAAAGAUUAAAGAUCUUGUAAGCAAUUGUGGGUCAUCUUUAGAUGUCAUUAAAAGAUUAAGCACUAGACUUAUCACGAUCAGAAAUAACCCUUCUCAAACUACAAAGAAAAUAUUUGCUGAAGAAAUAAAUCAGUUUUUAAAAUCGAUUGUGCAAAUUUUGGCGACAGUGAAAGGAAUCGUUGUUGAUAUUCCAAUUUUAGAAGAUGUACGUAUUUCAAUGUCAAGUAUUACAAAAACUGCAAAAGAAGUUACAUACAUGUUAGAAAUUUCGUCUUAUAAAGCAUUGUUAGCAGAAUCAGCAAGUAAUCCUUCAGUUCAACCACCAAGUUUUACACCAAUAUCGGCUCAUGCACCAGCAUUACCAUCUACUGCAACUUUCUCCAACGGUCCAGUACCUAUGAGAAAUCCAAUGAUGCCAACAAAUAAUGCAUCGACUGCCAAUUUACAAGAACAAGAUACAUCAUCGUUAUCCAUACAAUCAAAUGGUCCAUUAACUGCUCCACCUCAAUCUACGGGACAAAUGUUUGCUAAAAAUGGUAUGAAUCCAUUUGAUAAAUUAAUUAUGACUAAAAAUGAAGACUUAUGA